UCCUGUUUUGCCUUCAAUCGGUGCAGUUGUUGCCGCGCUGUAAUCACCCAGACAUGGCUAUGAUAGGAAAAUAAGAGGUCUGCGGUGAGGUUAGCCUCUGGUUUACACCAUCCCUGAGACCCAGACAGGAGACAGGACACAAGGUUUCCCCGAGUGUGUAGCUGUCGAUGCUGGACUCCCUGAUCCCCCGGCAUUAGGAUCCGCGAGGCUGGGAGAGACGACACCCAGCCGUCCACCAAAUCACCUGACCCAACAUGAUGGCCAGUGAUGUAGACCGGAGUGAAGGUUCUUUGUUCUCUGACCACCCAUCCGAAAUGGACGCUCUUUGUCCCUCUCCUCCUGGACCUGCCAGAUCCCAACGUCACUAUGAGAGACAUGGAGGACGGGCGGGAACAUCUUUCUGUCAGACUCUUAUCCACCUGUUGAAAGGGAACAUCGGUACAGGGCUGUUGGGUCUGCCUCUGGCUGUCAAGAAUGCAGGCCUGGUGCUUGGACCCAUCAGCCUGCUGUGUAUGGGUAUUGUAGCGGUCCACUGUAUGAGGGUGCUGGUUAAAUGUUCCCACCACCUCAGUGCACAGAUGAACCUGCCGUCUCUGAGCUACGGCGAGGCGGUGCAGUACGGGAUGGAAAACGUCUCAUGGCUGAGGAGACACUCGCAGUGGGGAAAACAGGUUGUGAACCUGUUUCUAAUCCUAACCCAGCUUGGCUUCUGCUGCGUCUACUUUGUCUUCCUCAGUGACAACAUCAAGCAGGUGGUGGAAGCAGCCAACGCCACCACCUUCAGCUGCCAAAUGAACUCAACCAACCAGACCCAGGUCUUGGUGCCGAGCUUCGACUCCCGUCUCUACAUGCUCUGCUUCCUACCUGCCGUCAUCCUGCUGGUCUUCACCCCCGACCUGAAGUACCUGGCUCCCCUCUCUCUGGUGGCAAACCUGGUCAUGACUGCCAGCUUGGUCCUCAUCUACUUCUACUCGCUCACGCACAUCACGUACCCCAUCGACCUACCAAAAGUGGGCAGACUUAUAGACUACCCUCUCUUCUUUGGGACGGCCAUCUUUGCCUUCGAAGGGAUCGGAGUGGUUCUUCCCCUGGAGAACAAGAUGCAGAGGCCUCAGACUUUCAUCCCGGUUCUGUAUUCAGGGAUGGGCAUCGUCACCUUCCUUUACAUAAGCCUUGGUACCAUAGGAUAUAUGUGCUUUGGAGAGCACAUAGGAGGGAGCAUCACUCUCAACCUGCCAAACUGCUGGACGUACCAGGCGGUGAAGCUGCUCUACUGUUUUGGUAUUUUCAUCACGUUCGCCCUGCAGUUCUACGUUCCAGCAGAGAUUCUCAUUCCACCAGUUGUGGCUCGUGUGUCAGAGAGGUGGGAGAAGCCUGUCGACCUGCUGCUUCGUGCCAUCUUGGUCGUCUUCACAUGUGCUCUCGCCAUCCUGAUACCGGAGCUGGACCUCGUCAUCUCGUUGGUCGGCUCGGUCAGCAGCAGUUUCCUGGCGCUGAUCUUUCCUCCCAUCCUCGAGAUUAUGACUUUUCACACAGAGGGCCUGUCCCCGCUGGUGACCAUCAAGAACAUCAUCAUCAGCGUGAUCGGGCUGGUAGGGUUCCUAACGGGAACGUACGUUGCCAUCGCGCAGAUUGUCGCACGUAAUGCGCUCAAAGAGACAUUAUCUUCCUACCAGGUCCAGUGAUGACGUGAAGUGACUGUUGGUGGGUGGACGUCAACACACCCACGCCAUUUAGAAAACCAUUUUAGGGCACAUUUUUAUUAUUUUAUUAUCUUCUAUUUGCUGCUGUUGGAUACGGCGGUCUUCUUAGCAUUAAUCUGUCACGUUUAAACGGUAUAAAGCUGUAAGGAUCUGUGGUGCUUGAUGUUGUUUCAUUAUGUCACUGCUGUACUACAGUGUACUGUAAUAACUGCUAGUUACUCACAUGUCAUCAAGUCCAGGAAGUUAGUGCAAUCUAAUAAUAACAUAAUCGUGAUAAUCUUCAAUAAUUCCUUUAGGUAGCUUUAAAAGAUUUAAGAGAUUAGAUGGUUUAGAGGUAAUUUCUCAUGUUGACACCUGAAUAUAUUGAUGUUUAAUCAAACUACCUCACAAAAUGGUAUCAGUUAUUAAGGGUGCUCUGAUACAGAUUUUUUGGGACUGAUGACCGAUCAAUGGAAGCAUUUGAAGCCUUCGAUCUAUCAUGAAGCAUUUUUAAUUUAUUGGUAAUAUUAUUGGCCAAAUGGAAAUCUGCCUCCAUCCUCCACCAUCCAAUAAUGGUGUGCAAGAGAUAAUCAGAAAAAUAAAAUGAAUAAUAAGAAAAAUAUCCAGAAAAAUAAAAUGAAAUAUAUCCCAUCAUUUGUCCACUAUUUAACAAAUAAGCUGAAAUAUAACUUGAUGCAAUUUUGAUUUUUUUAAGAUAACUCUUUUUUAAAUGGGGCGGGGCAUGUAGUAGAAAAACUUCAAUUUUAUUAUAAUUUAAUUUAUUGUGCAAUAUGAUGCUGUGCUGAAAUAUGGUCAAUUCUUUGUCCUUUUGGACGCUCAAAGCACCCAUAUCAUAACAGACGUGAAUCAAAAGCUAAGCAAAUUAUUAUGCACAAUGACAUUAUUUGACCAUUCCAAGAUAUUUAUUCCUUCAUUGGACACUUUGCACAUUUAUUUUUCAGACACCUGGUAGAACUGCCAGACUUAUGAAGCCUUUUUAGUGGCACACAGAGAAAUUAUCUUCUGUGUUUUCGUCAUCUGAGCGGCCUAAAAAGAAAACGAUAAUAAAAACUAUUUAGAACAAUUAAAUGAUCAAACGAUCGAUCAGAGCACCCUUACAAAUCUGUUUUUUCAAACUCUUUUAAAAACGUCCAGAUUAGACGCUGUUCCUGAAAUGUAGUGACUUGGUAAUCAAGCCGUUUCUUGUUAGAGCUUUUAGAGUUUAGAGAAAAGAGGAAGAGAAAAUAUCAACUUUUUUUUGUUGCACUUUGAUUUAUGCCUUAUUCAGUGAAAUGGCGCACUACUUUGACAUAGACAACACAUCACAGAAACUUAAAACCAAGUAAUUGUAACUUUGAGUAUUGUUUUUCUUUUUUAGCCAAACAUAGAACAGAAGAAGCAGAGGACCAGUUCAAAAUUAAAUAAAAACCGUGGAUUAUUUAGGAAUUGUGCUUUUCAAUUUUGAGUAUCAAAUCCUGACAGCGAGAUUACGGAAACAAAUUACAUUCAGCAAAAUACAGGACUCUGUAUCUCAUAAUAACUAUGAGCUACAUAUUUUGUAAUCAUGGAAUACUAAAUGAGAUAUUAUUCCCAAUACAUUUUUCUGUGGUUAUUGUGGUGCCCUGAUGUGUUCAUAAAGGGAGCAACAUUGCGGCAUUUUUGUUGUCUCUCGUCAUCAGAAUGCCCCAAAAUCACGUAAAGCUGGAACAUCUGGCUCAAGCAAAAAUAAACAAAUCAAAGGGAAAAUAAAUAACUUGUUCACAACAAGAUGAAUUAUAUACUUUUUUCUUUUCUUUUUUUUUACAGUAUACAUAUUUUGGUUGCUAUUCCUGCACCAACAAGAAACCAGGAUUUGAUGAGUCCCCAGAUUGAUAAGCACAAUUAAUUUUUCAAUAUUAAACAUAAUUUAAUAAAAAAUACAUCAGAUUUAAUAAACUUAGUUGGGCCGUUUAUGCAGGAGCUCUGCUGUGUAAUACCUUUUUUUCUUGUCUUUAAAACUUUUAUUUUCUUGAACUGAUUAUUUUUUUAAAUGUGUUUUUAUGUUUUAAUGUAUUAUACUAAAUUAAUAGGUAUUUCUGAAGAGGUUUCUUUUUUAUUCAGCAGCAUGCAUUGUUAAAUCUUACAGCUAACCUUGAAGAUGUAUUUUUUUUUUUUUGGUUUAAUUCCAGAAAAGCUCUGCAUGUAAUAUAUUGUAAUAUAAAAACACACAUUUUAAUUAAAAGCUGUAGCAGUUAUAUUCAUGAAAUAGUCAGCAUCUGUUUGCUUUAGUGAGCAGACACAGGCCAACAGGUACUGUAAGUUCCUUCUAAAGCUUCUGUACUGUUGUAUGUCUUCAGUGUUUCUGUGGCAGUAUAACGAGGGCUUGUUGUUUUCAAACUCAAAGCUAUGAGCCUUAUGUGUAACAGCUGUUGGUUAAAAUCACAGUUGAAGUCGUUUUUGUGUGUAUAUACCCAUUUGUUGCACAUGUAAAUGGAAACACACAUACGCAAAUUGUAAUAUUAUUUUAAAGCAACAUUACGAUUGUCUUGUUUUUUUAAGGCGCCCCUACAGUGCAACGUGCAAUACACUUCUACAUCGCAUAAAUAUGAGCAGCUGUACAUGUUUAUUUGUUAUGAUUACUUAUGAUCGAAAACUAACAAGUUGACAACUUUGCUGACAGCUACACAUCAAGCAAUUGCAGCAACACAAGACAUAGCAAGCCAGCUAAUAUUACUUACUAGUCCGACAACAAGAAGUGCAGCUCAGCGUCUGUCUGCAACCUUUUGUUAAAUACUCUAGUUAAAUAUACGGUUUAUUACCAUAAAUUCCAGUUAAUUCCUUUAAAUUUCCUGUACAUUUUUUUACCAACUUUGAAAAUUCCCGGAAUUUUGCAACCCUAGUUGCACUGCUUGCAAAAUGUGGACAACUUUGUAAAAGGCCUGCAAGGUUAAACUAAUUCAGAUGAGUCAACGUCACAACUACCAAAACAAAGAUAUGGUAAUAUGACAAGACCUUCCGGCACAUUGGCGGGUUGGGCUGGAGGAUUUGAAAAGUGGGUGAGGACCACUGAGUUAGUGGUUAGCUUUGCUUUAAGCAAGAAGUAAAGCUUUCUGUCCACCAGGAAACUAAAUCACAGAGUCUAUGCAGAGCUGACGGAGGACACCAGAGAGAAAAGCUGGUGGUGUGUUAGUGCCAGAGAUCCAUUUCUCCCGAGAGGUCAUACCCGCAUCGAAAUUAUUUUGAAGCUUCAGUUUUAUUGGUCAAAUAGUUGCGUAAUGUUGCUUUAACUGACUUAAUGAGAUUUCUUUUUCUCAAAUUUCCCACUGGACACUUUAGAGGAUGGUGAUGAUGAUGAUGAUUAUGUGCAGCUACCCAAAGAAAACUAAUCCCACUUUGCUUAUUUUCAUUUUGGGCUGUAACUAAUGGCAAUUUUAACUGUUUGUUAAUCAAUUUGUUAUUUUUCAAUCAAAAACUAUUUGGAAUAAAUUCCCAUGUCAAGUUGUCAGAGCCUGACUCAUUUUAAAAGCUGGAACUUACACACAUUUGAGAUUUGUAUUUGAUGACGUUAAUAAAAGCGCUCUUUCAUUUCCUAAUUUCUAUAUAAAUAAAUAACAUUCAAGGGAUCUGAA